AUGUUUGCUAAGACUGUGAUUGAAGCCAUCGAUCCUCAGAAGAAUUCAAUCACUUGGAAUGCGAUUGAAGGAAAUUUGUUGGAUUUGUAUAAUUCCUUCGUUGUUAUUACAUCCUCUGAACAUCAAUGGAUUACAUAUGCACUUGUGUAUGAGAAGAAAACUGAAGAUACUCCAGAACCCCUUGCUAUCUUGGAUUAUUGCAUUGGUGUGAUCAAGGAUACGCGCCAUCUUCUUGAAGUAAUUUUGCCUGAGUUUUCUAAGCCUGAAUUGCCACAUUUACCUGAAAUCCCAGCUUUGCCUACGCCUAAAUUUCCUGAAAUUCCAAAACUCGAGCUACCAACUCUAUCAAGGCCUACAUUGCCACAUUUACCUGAAAUUCCAGCUUUGCCUAAGCCCAAAUUAUUUCCUGAAAUCCCAAAACCCGAGCUACCAACUCUAUCAAGGCCUGCAUUGCCACAUUUACCUGAAAUUUCAGCUUUGCCUAAGCCCAAAUUAUUUCCUGAAAUUCCAAAUCCCGAGCUACCAACUCUAUCAAGGCCCGAAUUGCCACAUUUACCUGAAAUCCCAGCUUUGCCUACGCCUAAAUUUCCUGAAAUUCCAAAUCCCGAGCUACCAACUCUAUCAAGGCCUGCAUUGCCACAUUUACCUGAAAAUUUCAGCUUUGCCUAA